GCAUGAUUGUGCCUGAGGUUCUUCAAGAGGAUAAUUAUGAAAGAAGGUGUAUUUUUAUGCGACACUAUUUAGUGGUUCAAGACCUUUGGAUGUGGUUAUAUCAAGCAAGAUGCCUCACGUUCAUGGAGAAGACCCAAAGGAGUGGAUUAAAAGGAAUGCUUUAGCUCUGCAUGCAAUUAAGAUUUCAUGUGGAGCAGAAAAGUUUGAUCGGAUUAAGAAGAAGAAUUCAGCCAAAGAUGCGUGGAAUGCAUUGGCUAAUUUGCAUAAACAGCCAAAUGAAAACGGGAACAAUGAUAGAGGAAUCAGGAUUGAAAGGAAACAAGCUGUGACAUUGCUCAAGGACAUAAAAAGGGGGGAUUCUGAUGCUGUAAAGAAACUCUUUGAAACACAUCCUCCGUAUUCUGCAGCAUUAGAAAACGGUUCCACUGCCCUUCAUGUUGCAAUUACUACUGGCAAGAUAAACCUGGCUAAGAAACUGAUUUCGGUGAUGUCAAAAGAAGAGUUGGAAACACAAGAUAAGAGUGGUGAGACAGUUCUUUCCUUGGCUGCUCGUAAGGGAAGUAGAGAGAUCGUAGAAUGUUUGGUUGGAAAGAACAAAAAAUUGCUUGAAAUCCCAGAUUGCGAGAAGAAUAUCCCACUUGUACUGGCAUGUGCCACACACCAUCAGUCUUUGACUCGUUAUCUUUAUUCAGUGACACCUGAAGAAUUUCUAGAUCCAGGAAAUGGCGACGACCAUGGAUUCUUCUUCCUCAAAGAGUGUAUAAGGAAUCAUAUGUUCGAUAUUGGACUCGAUCUGCUGCGCAAAUUUCCAGAUUUGACUUUUCACAAAAGCUCUUUGGAACCAACCCCUGUUAUUUCAGUGUUGGUCGAAGUACUAUCAUCAUUGUUUGGUGGGAACAAGCUUCUUUUACUUUGUGAGUAUGCUUCUCUUUUCUCUUAAUUUACAAUAUUUUCUCUUUUUUUUCAUCAGUUUCAAUAUUUUCAAUUGAAUUUCUCUGUGGAUAUAUUUUUAUUUUUACUGUAUUAUUUUCCUAUGAAAGUUUGAUAACCACUAACUUUCAAAACUCUAGUAAUUCCAUGUUUAAAGGUCUAAAAGUUCAUAUUCAAUAUAUAUAUGGCACCUGC